CCGUGCGGCUGCGUCCUUCUUUCCCCUUGAAAUACAAAGCUUGUAUCUUUUCAACCGUUUUACUCAGAGUAAAAGUAAAGAAUCCAGAGACGAUGGACUACAACUAAUGCGUUUCAUGUUUUUAUGUCCAUGUAUACAUCAAUAAUCACAAGUCAAAAACAAACAUCUUUCAAAAAUAUUUUCUGCCAAAAAUGCGUUGGGGUCAAUGAGAGGGGUCAUCACCUUUUGCUGAUAUUUGGAGUUGCUGUAAAAAAAAAAAAAAACUAGCUUGUUAAGGUUUUCUAAGUUGUAUUUCCUGAAAGCCAAGAAGAAUACCUACAUUUCGAUAUAAAGACUUUUUCUGUGAGGGACACAAUGGCAAAGUGGUAGCUGGUUAAAGAGUUAUGACGUUCAAAUUUUCAAGCACCAAUCUCCUAAAAGAACUGAAUAUUUUUGAUACCUGAAUAGGUGAAGGGGUUGAAGAGAAACGGACAGACAAAAAUGUACGGAAGAAAGAUGGAUAACUAUGAGUCCUGAGAGGGCAAGAACAAGAUCCAAGCAAUAAACAAUUAUGUACUGCCAGCUAUCAGAUAUUCUAAGGGAAUAUUCAUUUUAUUUUGUUUAGACAAGAAGUAAAACUGUCUCCCCCUCCCCCCAGAGCAGUGAGGGGGGGGGGGGUUGUGCUAUGAUGUCAUGUUAUGACAUCAUCAUUAUGGUAUGACCUCAUACAUGAAAUCAUGUUGUCAUACAUAAUAUGACAUCAUGAAAGUUAUGUCAUAUAAGACAUUCUGACUCACUUCGCAUCACUUUAGGUCAUCAUCUGCCAUCAACGAAAUGGUAAAAAACCCUGAUCCACGGAUUCUUGCAGUCGAUUGCCAAGUCACAAGUCCCAACGCGCACCAGGUCACCUAAAGCAACGAAAACCAGUGCAAAGGAGCUAUGGAGUCGGAAAGACAAAACUCUGAGAUUUUACAAGGAAUGGAUGAAAAGAGGGAAAAGCUUGACCAGCAAAAACAACAGAUGGACAAGCAGCAUCAGCUGGAGAUGUCAGACCUCACUGGCAAAAUAUCCAAGCUGGAAAAAUCUCUCAAAGAGGAGAAAACCAGGGCUAACGAAGCAGAGACACGCUUAGCCAAGCAGGUGAAAGAAUCUGCCAAGGUAAAAGCUAUGUUUGCUGAUGCAGAACGAAAUCUUCAACAACAGAAGAAAUUACAAAAAGAAAAGAACUGUCUCAUCAAUGAGCAUCAGGUUGCAUUAGCAAAGGAAAAGAAACAGAUGGCAAUGGAAAGAAAAGAAUGGGAGAGAAAAAACUCUGAACUUUCUCAGGAAAUUGCUAAAAUGAGAAAAGAUCAUGAGGAAAGGAGUGCCCCCUGUGACAAAGCUGAAAAGGACUUUUCUGAAAAGUUUGCCCAGGUCGAGAAGCAGAUGAAGCAACAGCAAGCAACCAUUGCAGAAAAGGUCACGACUAUAAACAAUCUUGAAGGUACUUUGAAGGAAUUGCUUGACCAACAAAACCAGCUGGAAACGGACAGAGAAGAUUUGGAAAGAAAAAACUCUAAACUUUCUCACGAAAUUGCACAAAUGAGGAAAGAUCAUGAGGAAAGGAUUGCCUCCUUUGACAAAGCUGAAAAGGAGUUUUCAGAAAAGAUUGCCCAGGUCGAGAAGCAGAUGGAACUGCAAGAAACGUCUGCGGAAAAAGUCACCAUAAUAAACAAUUUUGAUGGUGUCUUGGAGGAAAAGCUUGACCAGCAAAAACAACAGAUGGACAAGCAGCAUCAGCUAGAAAUGUCAGACCUCACUGAUAAAAUAUCCAAGCUGGAAAAUUCUCUCCAAGAGGAGAAAACCAGGGCUAACGAAGCAGAGACACGCUUAGCCAAGCAGGUGAAAGAAUCGGCCGAGGCAAAAGCUAUGCUUGUUAAUACAGAACAAAAUCUUCAACAACAGAAGAACUUACAAGAAGAAAAGAACUGUCUCAUCAAUGAGCAUCAGCUUGCUUUAUCAAAGGAAAAGAAACAGAUGGCAAUGGAAAGAACAGAAUGGGAGAGAAAAAACUCUGAACUUUCAGAAGAAAUGGCACAAAUGAGGAAAGAUCAUGAGGAAAGGAGUGCCACCUUUGACAAAGCUGAAAAGGAGUUUUCAGAAAAAUUUGCCCAGGUCAAGAAGCAGAUGGAACAACUGCAAGACACUAUUGCAGAAAAGGUCACCAUAAUAAACAAUUUUGAUGGUGUCUUGGAAGAAAAGCUUGACCAGCAAAAACAACAGAUGGACAAGCAGCAUCAGCUGGAAAUGUCAGACCUCACUGACAAAAUACUCAAGCUGGAAAUUUCCGUCAAAAAGGACAAAACCAGGGCUAACGAAGCAGAAAACAGUUUAGUCCAGAAGGGGAAAGAAUUGGCUCAGAUAAAAGCUGUGUUGAUUGAUACUGAACAAAAUCUUCAACAACUGAAGAAGCAAUCAGAAAAAGACAAAAACUGUCUCAUCAAUGAGCAUCAGCUUGCAUUAUCAAAUGAGAAGAAACAGCUGGCAAAGGAAAGAAAAGAUUUGGAGCGACAAAACUCUGAAUUUUCUCAAGAAAUUGCUACAAUGAGGAAAGAUCAUGAGGAAAGGAGUGCCACCUUUGACAAAGCUGAAAAGGAGUUUUCAGAAAAGUUUGCCAAGGUCGAGAAGCAGAUGGAACAACUGCAUGACACUAUUGCGAAAAAGGUCACCAUAAUAAACAAUUUUGAAGGUGUCUUAAAGGAAAAGCUUGACCAGCAAAAACAACAGAUGGACAAGCAGCAUCAGCUGGAAAUGUCAGACCUCACUGGCAAAAUAUCCAAGCUGGAAAAUUCCCUUAAAGACGAGAAAACCAGGGCUAACGAAGCAGAAAACCGCUUAACCCACCAGCUGAAAGAAUCGGCCCAAUUAAAAGCUGUAUUGGUUGAUACUGAACAAAAUCUUCAACAACACAAGCAGCAAAUAGAAAAAGAAAAGGACCGUCUCAUCAAUGACCAUCAGCUGGCAUUGACUAAAGUGCAAAAACAGCUGGCAAAGGGAAGAAAAGAAUGGGAGAGACAAAAGUCUGAUCUUUCGCAAAAAAUUGAUCAAAUGAGGAAAGAUCAUGAGGAAAGGAGUGCCACCUUUGACAAGGCUGAAAAGGACUUUUCUGAAAAGUUUGACCAGGCCCAGAAGCAAAUUCAACAACUGCAAGACACUAUUGCGCAAAAGGUCACCAUAAUGAACACUUUUGAUUGUGUCAUGGAGGAAAAGCUUGCACAACAUCACCAGCAGGUGGAAAUUGUAAAAGAGAAGUAUCGGCAGGAAAAUGCUGAUCUCUUCCUCCAAAUGUCCCAACUGAAAACAGAACUUCAGGAAGAGAAGAUGGUGACAAUGACCGUCAAACGUAGUUUUGAAUUGGAAGCAAAAGAGUCUGCUAAGUUAAGAGUUGCUUUCCUCCGUGUAGAGAAAGACCUAGAGUUUCAGAAGCAGCAAUGGCAAACAGAACUCUUGAAUGUUCAUCAACCCACGGCCUCUGCUUUAACUGAGACCCAAAAACAGCUGGAAGAGGAAAGACUGAAGUGGCAGGAAGAAAAGAUGGCCUUUCUUCAGCAAAUUGCUGACCAGAAGAUAGUGGUCAGUAAGUUGAAGACUAAAAUCAGAAAAACUGCAAAGGUCAACAAGGUAAAACUUGAACAACUACAGCUGCAGGUGGAGGAGCAGAAGAAAGCUCAAAAGAAAUCUCUUGGAAUGAGGUUUCUGAACCUUUUCAAAACAAACAGAAAAGGAGACUAAGUGGACUAGUGAAACUAGUCCAUUUUCUUAAGGCUAGGGUUUAGUUUAAGGGUAGGGGUUAGGUGAAUAGGCUUACUGAAAGGUAGGCAAGUAGGACCUCUAGCCAAAUAGUUUAGUUUAUGUAGGACUAGCUUAGUAGCACAGGUAGGAAAUGUUAGUAAAAAUGUAGCAUCUGUGUGGGGGUGGGGGGGGGUUAUAGUUUAGA